AGAAAGAAAGAAAGGCUUUCUCUACUCCUGCUUUAUGGGAGAUGUUGGUCUGAAAAGCAGCAUCACUCACUCGCACACGCAUUCAGUCUCGUAUGCCGCGCAGGAACAGAUAGGUGCUUCAAGAUUUCACAUUGACUGCAUCUAGAGACACACACGCGAACACCAUGAUUAUCAGGGUGUCGGCUUUGACAGCCCUGCUGCUGGUCGCAGCCGUUUCUUGCGACUCUGAAAACAACAGACAGCAAAAAAUUCUGCGCCGGCCACCGUCUGACUCGACUCGCCCCGGAUCUGGACCACCUGCAUCUGGGCCUCGUUUUGGGCCACCCUCUGCUGCGCCAAAGAAACCAGCCUUUGCAAACCGACCCAAAGGAGCUCAAGGACCUCCGUCAAAGGGCCCUGAGGUCCAGUACGGCUUCACCCCAAUUAGUGCUCCCGUCGGUCAUGCUUCGGAAAGCGUGCCUGAAAUUCAGCCUGCCGAGAGCAAGAGGCCUUUGAUCAUCAACGUCCAAAGCACCCCUAGCGCGUUUUCUUACCAAAACUCCAACCAAGAAGUGGUUCAGGGAAAUUUCAAAGAGCGACCAUCGUUCGCAGUUCAAAAACAAGAACAGCAGCCAUCGUUUGCCGUGCAAUCGCAAAAGCCUUCCGAGAGCUUCGGUUCAUUUAGUUUUAACCAGCCCGUUGGCGCCAAAAUUAAUUUUGAACCUGAACAAACAUCUUUUGGAAACAAUAAAUUCCCUUCUUUUGAAGGUUCAGUGAUUUCGGCUGGUCCACCAAAAACCGAGAACUUCCCUUCUAAGCCAACGUUCGCUCCGACCGGUUUUCCUCCAAAGCCUGAGAGUCCUCAAAAUGUCCCUUCUUUUUCAAAAGAGCCGCCAUCAAAUUUCCAAGGCUUUCCUCAAAAAGAGGUCCCUGUUCAAAAAUUCCCCAAACACCCUCCUCAACAGGCUUCUUUCGGGAAAGUUCCUCCUAAGCACGAAAACCCUUCGUUCGCUCAGAAGCCCGUGAAAGAGCAGUUCAGUGGAUUCCCUGCGCCUCCUCCUCCUCAGUUUUCCAACUCUGGCAAAAGAGUGGUUGGAGAGGUUCCUUUCAGGGCACAAUCAUUUGAGUCUAAGAGGGUCGUGCCCUUCCCUUCUCAGUCACCACCUCAGCACUCAGGACCAAUUUUCCGUGGACCUCCUCCUCCCCCUCCUAAAAAAGUGGUGCACUCCAAGCCCGCACCUAGUUUUGAAAUCCAGAAGGCCUCUGUAAUUGGUCCUUUCAGCGGGCCGCCUGUCAGAAGCCAGAGACCGGUUCAUCACGCACCUCAACCCCUUCCUCCCCCUCCUAAGCCAGUUUCUCAGCCACCCCAAGAAGGACCAAAACCUGCAGUUCCAAAUUUCGUCCAGCAACAACCAUCUUUAAAAAAUCCAGAAUUCGACAACUUCCCUCCUCCUAACUUUGGGCAGCAUUUCCAUCAGGAUGUGAAGACCGUGGUAGCACCUGCCCAGCGCCUUCCUGCCGAAUCUCCUCAAUACGCUCAGGAAACGAACCCUCAGAUCUUCAACCAGAACUACCCCACAAUUCAGGUGCACCAACCCAAACCUCAGCAGCCGCCUCAGGUCCCUCAAAUCCCCUCUCACAUCCAGCUUCAACUUCCUUCUCAAAUUCCGUCUCACCAGGCGCCACCAACGCACUUCCAGUUCCAGAACACUCAACCCCAGUUCCAGGCUCAGAAUAAUCAGCCACAGUUCCAAUUUCAACAAACAAAUCAACCCCAGUUCCAAUUGCAGAACAGCCAGCCACAGUUCCAGUUGCAGAACAGCCAGCCGCAGUUCCAUCUGCAGAACAGCCAACCUCAGUUCCAGCUCCAAAGCAAUCAGCCCCAAUUCCAACUUCCUGCUAACUUCGGCGCACAAGACUCUAAACUUCCCUUCUCCUUCUCGUCCGCCCCUGCCGCUUCGAUCCCUCAGUUCAGUGCUCUUCCCCAAAGACUGAACUCUGCUGGCUUGGGACUUUCCGCGCCCGGAGUUGUUUCGCAGCUUGGCUUGCCCUCGGCCUUCUCUCAAUACAACCCUAACUUCGCCGCUGCCGCUCAGCUCUACAAGGGAAUCCUCCCCGUGCAACAGUACCCUGGUGCGGGCGCCUCUGCUUACCCUCUGGGUGCUGCUGGCGUCAAUCCCUUCCUUAAAACCAGCGCCCUGCAGUCGUCCUACCCCAUCAGGUCAAGCAUCCCCUCGGCUGUGUCAACGCACUCUGUCUCUGGCGGCGUUCCCCAGUUCCAACCUCUUCCCAACAGUCUUAAUUUCCCAGAUCAAGACGAAGAUGAACAGGAUCUUGCUGCGAGCCAGAAACACAAAAAAUACGUCACUGCCCCUGGAAACAGUACCAGCAAGGCUAAGAAAACCACCCUUAAGGACAUUCUAGCUGAAGACUGCACUGGCGCCGAGGACUUUGGUUACUGCGCCUCUCCUCCUCGCUACCCCACUCAGCAAGUAAAGACCGUGAUGAAGCAGUGCAAGGACGAGACCGAUGGACUUUUCGAGCAGUCCUCCGGAGAACACAAAGUUUCCAAGAGGGACGUUGAACCCGCGGCGCAGUACGCCUGGACCACCGAGGCCUGCUCGUCAACCGUGGCCACCGUCGAGCCCGGCUACGCCCGCGACUCAAAGGGUCAGUGGCUGGUGGUGGUGCAGCAGGCGUCAAAGGGUCUGCACCAGCGGGUCGACGUGGACGUGUGCGCCAGCGAGGGCGGCGACUGCGGCUGCAAACAGUAUUACGAGACCAAGAGCCUGGUCGCGUGGGACCCCGACCGCCCCAACGACUGCCCUUCGGUGCGCACAUUCAAGUUCCCCAGCAAGUGCGACUGCCCCGCGCAAAACAAGAAGAAGUGAUCUUGGUCGCGUCACAAGAUUUAUUGAACUUUAGACUGCCAAAUUAUUUGGAUUUUAAUUUUGUUCUGUACUCUGCUGCACAAAGAAUGAUUGAGGGUGCGUGAGAAAUUUUCUUGAAAAAUGUACUCAACGCGCUUGGUGUACAAAAAGCGCAAAUUAAUUUAUUAUAAUUUGUAUUUUUUUUUAUUAUUAAAUAAAAUAUGGAAUUUUUUAACUG